AAAAAACUGAAAUUAAACCAAUCGAUAAUCAAAAUCAAAAAUCGUUAAUCAAAAUCGAAGUAACUUCAAUUUUAGUCAAAGCAAAUAAAUCGAAAGUGUUAAGACUUCAAAACAUUCCUUAGUGAAAAUUUACAACAAAAGCACUGCAAAACAAAUUGAAUAAUUGCGAACACUUUCAAUCACAAUUAAAUCAAAAGAAAGCAUUUAAUUGAGUUACUAUCGAAUUGCCAUCUGCAAAAUGACGAAAGCUACAGCAAACGAAAUCAAAAACAAAAACGUUCAAAAAGCGUUCGAAAUGCGCACAGAACAAAGAAGUGAGUUGAAAAAUUACUGGACACCCUCCCGGUGUGCCAAGAUUUCAAUAGAUCUAUGUGCAGUCGGUUAAAUUGUAGAUUCGUUCAUUUAACUGAAGAUGACAAGGUUGAAGUAUGUGAUCAACGUGUGGCUGUGUGUCGCGAUCAUGCCAACGGCCAAUGCAGACGUAAGCAAUGUAAAUAUUAUCAUAUACCGAUCGUGUUGCCGCCGGCGAAUGUUAUGGCUGCUAUCAUUAAUACGAACAAUAACAACAAUAACAGCAUCCAUAGCAACAGCAGCAGCAGCAUUAGCAGCAAUGCAAGCAGCCAUGGCAGCAGUAACAACAACAGCAACAACAACCACAACCAGAACAAUCAAUUGCAUACAAUCUCACAGCAGCAGCAACAGCAACAACAAAAGCAAGUACAUGAACAGUAUCAGCAGCAUGCCAAGUCAGCAGCAGCAGCGACAGCGACAGCAACGGCUGGCAUUGCCACCAACUACAAUAAUAAUUUGAUAAUAAUCGAACCGCAGCAACAUCAUCUUCACCAGCAACAACAACAUCAACACUACAAUUAUCUACACAACAACAAUUACACGACCACACACUACAGCCCGAGUAAUAGCAGCAGCAGCAGCAGCUCCGCAAACAACAACAAUAACAAGCACGUCACGCAUACGAUCUACCAACAACAACCAGCCACUUUCCAUCUACCACACUUCACCUGCCAUUCGCCCUACUCACCAUCCUCAGCAUCGUCAUCGUCAUCCUGCUCCAUUGCCACCUCCCCGACAGCGCUCACCUCGGCGACCGCAACGCUGCCGACCACUUCCACGGUGACCGUGCCCACUGCUAUUGCCACCAUGCCAGCAGCACAGCCACCACCACCACCACAUGCCACUGCCUAUCUGAAGGCGGCGCCGUCACAUCUCACCGCCUAUGCCAGCAGCGGCGCUUAUGAAUUGAACACAGGCGCGCCCACAUUGUUGCUCAGCAGCGAUUACAAUUCAAAUUGCAUUCCGAUUUUGGCAGCGCAUCAACAACAACAACAACCGCAAUCACCGUUGGCCACAGCAGCAUCGUAUAUUUAUCCGGCGCAUCAUCAGCAGCAUAGCGCCGCCGCAGCGCAACAACAUUUAAUGAAAUACGCCGCAGCCGCCGCGGCACAGGCGGCACAACAUCAAUUUCAUUAUGCCGCCGCGCCACAAAUACUCACCGCGGCGGCGCCGCAACAUAUGCUAGCGACAACGGUGACAUCGGCCGCUACCGCGCCGCAUACGCAUGUGUUGAGUGGCGUGGCAACAACAACAACGCCGCUCGUGGUGGCCACAACAACGGCGACUGGCGCGGCGGUAAGCGCGCCGGUGGUGGGCGGUUGCAUAUGAAAGGCGCAAUCUGGCAGUAGCAGCAACUGUGCGUACCAGCAGCGGCAGCAGCAACAACCAGUAGCACUACAAUAUCAGUGGCAACAUCAACAACAGCAAUACAUUUACAUGGGCAAUAAUGGCGGCGUUUAAGCGCGCGACACUUUGCACUCAACGCGCUGCGCCUGUAUCGACACGCGCGCGGUACUAUAUAAGCAAGCGCGCGGCGCGGCAUAGCACACACGUUGUGCGCGGCGUAAGUUGUCAACAACAUUUCCAAUUCACACUCGAAUAUUUUUAGCAAUAAGCACCACAUAUUCGCAUACCUAGUUAUAAUAUGUUUAUGCAUGUCUGAGAGACAGCUGAAAUUGGUUGUCAGCCGCGCCGCUAUGUAGAUGUUAGUGAGCGGCUGUGUUUCUGUUAAUUCAAUUUUGCUUUAUUUCUUAUUAGUUUUUACGCACUCAAUUUGUUAAAUAUUUAAUGUUUACUGUUUUAUUUUGUUAUUUAAAAAUAUUAAAAAAUAUUCUCAUUGUAACUUGUUUGUAUAGACUUAUAAGUAUCAAUUAGCAAUUAACGAUUACCGAUUGUCUAUUACCCAUCACCAAGUAAUUUAUGUAGUAUAUACUUGUAUGUAUAUAAUCUAUUAUAUAAUUUUGUGUGUUGCAAGUUAAAACAAAACUGAUCAUAAAUAAGAUACACGAAAUACUCAUUACCAGCAAUAGUUUACUGUUAUUUUCUUUAAAAUAUUGUUACUUUUAAUUAUUCAUAUAUUUUGUUAGUGAACACUGGCGGGUUAAGUUUUAGUGUUUCAAGCCGUACAAAAGUGGCAUAAAAAUCGAAGGAGUCUAGAGUUAUUUGGCUCCAUAUAACUGUAAUUGUGAGGUUAAAUUAUACACUCAAAGAAAGUUGAUAUUAAAAAACAUAAAGUUCCAGUGCUUUCCAGAGAAUUAACAUCUUUAUUUUUUGAAAGCAAUACCGCCAGUUAUAAGUUGAUCAAUAAAGGGUUAAUUUCUUGGAUUUAGUGAGUGGCAAAGCAUCAAGUUCGAGAAGACAUCAAUAGCAUAAAUUUUAAUAUGAAUUUCUGGAGAAAUAGAUCGAGUGAAUUCAGCUUGUAGUGACUGCUCCGAGAGAGUGAAGGAAGUAGUAAUUAAGAAGAAAUUUGAGGUAGAUAGAUACAUAUAUAGCAAGAGCCUAUGAAAAACCUCUCGUAGAAAGAAAGUUAUCGUCUACUCACUUACUACUACGUAGAACUUCCAACGUGUUAUUAACGACAUAAGAGAAAGAGGGAAGGAAAUACCUACUUUCGAGUUAUAAUUGCUUAGCUGGAGUAAGUUUUAUAGAAUAUCAGCAAGCUUUUGGUAAACGUUUCACUCAAAUGCCACCAUUUUAUAGAAAGGCGAUUGCUCUCUGAGAGAGGAUUUUGAGUUUUAGUAAACCAACGCUAAUGUGACACAAACAAAAAAGCUGAGUUCUCGAACUCUUUAAGAGCAUAACACUGCCGAUAAUCAUUAAACUAUCGGCGAAUGAAAUAAAUUUUUUUAAGAAACGACCACAGAUCACAAAACUAAAAGUUUGGAUU